UUGGAUGACCUGGCAUAUGGCGUCACGAUAGCAUCAAAGGUUGCUGCAUUGUAUUAUUAUGUAAGCAUAAAAGUAGGUCCACUGCUAUUCCAAGGGUCAGAACAGGACUCACACGGAUAGGUGUCUUCUGCCAGGUGAGACGCAGGUACUCCAUCAGCAUGGCAACCAACAUAGUAAUGCAGCAGCCUGGCACCACAAUGGUCAUGGCACAAUCAAGCGAGUGGAGUUCUGGCAUCUGCGAUUGCUGUGAUGACAUGGCAGACUGCUGCUGUGCUUUCUGGUGUCUGCCAUGCUAUGCCUGUAAGGUAUCUAAGGAUCACGGCGAGUGUACCUGUCUCCCCCUUCUGGAAUAUGCUGCUUGUGGUGGUGGUGCAUGUAUUCCAGCCAUCUCUCUUGCUGUCAGAGUCUCUGUACGUCGGACCUAUGGCAUCCAGGGAUCCAUCUGCAAUGACUGCCUGUAUGCCACAUGCUGCUACCCCUGCUCCUGGUGCCAGGUGUCUCGAGAGAUAAAGGCCCGACAAUCUUCAAUCGUCUACAGAGCUGCCUAAUAAGAAUCAUCCCUCAAUCAUCUUGUGAUCGUGGCUCUCCUGACCAAUCACCAGGCACAUUAUUUGUAUAUAACAAAAUGUCACCAUGUGAAUUUAGAAUGGGAAGGAGGAGAUCCUUACCGAUGUCUCGAUAAACCAUACUGUUUAUGUUCAACUCAUUCCUCAAAGUACUAAAACAUUUAUUAAAGUGGUGUGGUUUGUAUAUCGUAAAACUGGGCUAGGGAGUAGUUUUCAGUUGGUAUUAAAAGCAAACAUAGUUGUCACCAUAAGAAAUCCUACAUUAAAUUACAAACGGUCAAACCAUAAAACAUAUAAUUGUGACCAGCUUUCUUUGUGUACUUAUUACAACAACUGUCAUUAUAUGGUGUUGCCUGGAUUAGGUUUAUUUAACGAACAUUUCAAUGCCUUGGACUUAGCUGUGUGGCAAGCCAUGUGAGUGGCACUCAAUUAUAGGAGGUAUUUAAUGAAAAACAAAAAUAAAAAUGAUAAUGAUAGAAUGAAAA